AUGGAUGAAUCUUCUGUCGCUAAACCACAUUAUGAAAUCAAUGAUACAAAAAAUGUUCAUCUAUUAGAAGAACGACAAUCUGCAACAUUUAAUGUUGAAAAAUUCACCCAGUUUAUGUUUGGUCAAUCAGAUAAUUAUUAUGAAAUUAACGCUCGACGAGAAAUCAUUCGUUUAGCUCUUGCUCAUCCGAUUCAUCAAACACAUUUACCAUUUGAAUACCUUAACGCUGACGAAUACUAUUCGUUAGUGAUCCGUAAAAGUCUACUAGCGAUCGAAGAAGCCAACCGUCUAAAAAUCACCAAUGAUAAACAUCGUCAAUGGUUUUUACAUAUAUUUUCUAGUGGACGAUUUGCAUUCUAUAUUCAUGCGGUGAUGUGUACAUAUGCGAUCGAAACGAUGUCGAAUGAAGAACAAAAGCGAAAGUUUUUACCAUUGGUCAAGUCCUAUCGCAUGACAACUGCCUAUACCCAAACUGAACUUGGUCAUGGAACAGAUUUGCGACGACUAGAAACGGAAGCGAUUUUUGAUCGAGAAACAGAUUCGUUCAUAUUUAAUACACCGACAUUGACAUCGACAAAGUUUUGGCCGGGAGCAUUGGCACGUUCAGCAAAUUAUGCGCUUCUUAUGGCACAUUUGUAUACACCUGAUCGCAAUCAUCCGUGUGGAAAUCAGAUGUUUUUAGUGCAACUCCGAGAUUUGGAUACACACGAACUCUUGCCAGGAGUUGAAGCAGGUGCGAUAAGUACGAGAUUCAAUGAUUGUGCCGGUGAUAAUGGUUAUCUACGAUUGACCAAUGUACGUGUUCCUCGCACAAAUAUGUUAAUGAAAGCAGCUGAAGUCGAUCGGGAUGGUAAUUUUCAUCGCUGCGGCGAUGCUCGUGUUUUGUAUGGUGCAAUGGUUCAUAUGCGUAUCCAUCUUAGCUAUUCAUUUUCCGUAUCGCUUGCUCAAGCUAUUACCAUUGCUAUGCGCUACUCUGCUGUUCGGUUCCAAGGAUCCAAUCCACAAGGAAAUGAAACACGCAUACUUGACUAUCCGUUACAACAAGAAAAGCUUGUUCCAUGUUUAGCAUCAGCCUAUGCUUUUCUCGUCACCUUUUUAAAUUUGAAUAAUUAUUUCAACGAUUUAAAAACAAAUGAAACGAUGUUUUUCCGCCAACUACCAGAACUUCACGCAUUAGCUUCUGGUUUGAAAGCAUAUACAUCGUCAGUUGGUGAACGAUUAACUCAAAACUGCCGUGUAUCAUGUGGUGGCCAUGGAUUUUUAUUCGCAAGUGGCAUUAUUGGAAUACGAAAUUUCCUUGAUGCGUCAUCGAGUGCUGAAGGUGACACUGUUGUGCUGUAUCAACAGACAGCAAGAUAUAUCUUGAAAAUGAUUCAACGUGUGGAAGAAGACAGCGAGAAAGGUGUUGACGCGUCUACGACUUAUCUGCGAGCAAAAUUAUGGUCUGGAAAGACGAUGAUCAACCUUGACGAUUACUGUCAUCUUUUCGAAAGUCGUGCACAAUUAUUGGCAAAAGAAGCGUUGGCACAGAUGUUUGAAUCAUCACUAUCUCCGUAUGCAACAUUUUUGAAGAAUUCUAUUCAACUAGUACAGUUGGCUAAGGCGCAUGUGGAAACAUACUUAAUGCGAUCAUUCUUGGAACAAGUGAAUAAAGCUGCUCACCAUCUGGAAUUCUCAGUGAUUCUCGAACAACUUUUUUAUGUCUUUGCGAUUCAUACGUUACGCAAUGAGUCAAAGGAUUUUAUUCGAUUGAAUCUUCUGACGGCCGAGCAAAUCUAUGAACUUGAAAACCGUUUAUUACCGGAUUUGUAUACACGACUUCGUCCGAAUCUUGUUCCACUAGUUGAUGCAUUCGAUUUUCACGAUGUGGAACUUGACUCUUGUUUGGGACGAUACGAUGGGCAAGCAUAUGAAGCUUUAAUGGAACGUGCUCGACUUAAUCCAGCCAAUCAACAAAAGGUUCCUCCUGUUUGGAAAGCAAUAAAACAAGGGACACUCUCGAAACUUUAG